GGCUGACCUCAGCCUUCCAGAGUACUGGGCUUGUAGGGCCACGAUGGAUACUGCUGGUCACAGCCUUGUCCUGCUACAGCAGCUGAAUAUGCAGCGAGAAUUUGGUUUUCUGUGUGAUUGCACCGUUGCUAUUGGAGAUGUUUACUUCAAAGCCCAUAGAGCAGUACUGGCUGCUUUUUCCAACUAUUUCAAGAUGAUAUUUAUUCACCAAACAAGUGAGUGCAUAAAAAUACAGCCAACUGACAUCCAGCCCGACAUAUUCAGCUAUUUGUUGCAUAUUAUGUACACGGGGAAAGGGCCCAAACAGAGUGUGGAUCACAGUCGUUUGGAGGAAGGGAUUCGAUUUCUUCACGCUGACUACCUUUCUCACAUUGCGACUGAAAUGAACCGGGUGUUCUCACCAGAGACUGUGCAGUCCUCAAAUUUGUAUGGCAUUCAGAUCUCAACAACCCAGAAAACAGCUGUCAAACAAAGUCUGGAGGUCAAAGAAACUCCUCCCACUAGCAGUGGGAACAGAGCAGCCGUCCAGGGUGACCACCCCCAGUUGCAGCUUUCUCUUGCUAUUGGGCUAGACGAUGGCACUGUGGACCAGCAGAGGGCCCGUCCUGCUGCCCAGGCCUUGGAGGAGCACCAGGAGCCCGCAGUGUCCAUCAAGCAGGAGAGGUGUGACCCAGAGCCUGUGGUGUCCCAGAGCAACCCCUCACCCUCAUCAGAGGUAACAGACCCCCCUUUUGUAGAAAACAGUAUCAAAAUACACUUGUGUCAUUACUGUGGAGAACGUUUUGAUUGCCGUAGUAACUUAAGACAACAUCUCCAUACCCAUGUGUCUGGAUCCCUCCCAUUUGGUGUCCCUGCUUCCAUCCUGGAAAGCCAUGACCUUGGUGAAGUUCAUCCACUUCAUGAGAACAGCGAGGCCGUUGGAUGCCGCAGGCCUAACUCCUUCGUUGUCAAGGAGAAUGAGCAGCAGCCUGACCACUCAAAUUGGGGUACCACGGAGGCUUUGCAAAUCAGCCAAGUGUCUCUGGUCUCCAAAGACACAGAACCUGUGGAAUUAAACUGUAACUUUUCCUUUUCAAGGAAAAGAAAAAUCAUUUGUACCAUCUGUGGUCAUAAAUUUCUUCGAAAGAGCCAGUUGCUGGAACAUAUGUAUACGCACAAAGGUAAACCUUACAGAUACAGCCGGUGCCAAAGGUUUGGGAAUGCACUGGCCCAGAGAUGUCAGCCGUAUUGUGACAGCUGGACUGACAUCCCCGUGAAAAGUUCUCGCCUGUCACAAGAACACUUAGAUUUGCCUUGUGCCUUAGAGUCAGAGCUCACGCAAGAAAAUGUGGACACUAUCCUAGUUGAAUAGCAGCAGCUUCUUCAGAAUUUUUAAAAUGUAUUUAUUUUUGGUCUUUUUGAGACAGGAUCUCACUAACAGGCUGGUCUUGAAC